AUGUCUUCAAGGCCUGAUUUGAAGGUCGACGACGAAGUCGGUUUCAUCGGCUUCUACCGUUCGCUCCCCACGCCCGACAAUGACGAAACCAUCCGCGUGUUCGAUCGCGGUGACUGGUAUUCUUCACACGGCGCCGAUGCCGAAUUCAUUGCACGAACCGUCUACAAAACCACCUCCGUACUCCGCAACCUUGGCCGCAGCGAGACGGGCGGCCUUCCAUCCGUCACCUUGAGCGUGACUGUGUUCCGGAACUUCCUCAGAGAAGCGCUCUUCAGACUCAACAAGCGUAUUGAGAUCUGGGCAUCCGCCGGCACAGGAAAGGGUAAUUGGAAGCUGGUGAAACAAGCCAGCCCUGGAAACCUGCAGGAUGUCGAAGAGGAACUCGGUAGUGUCGGUGCACUCCAGCAAGAUUCAUCGCCUAUCAUUCUCGCAGUGAAGAUCUCCGCUCGCGCAGCAGAGGCACGGAAUGUCGGCGUGUGCUUUGCGGAUGCCAGCGUGCGCGAGCUGGGCGUCAGUGAAUUCCUCGACAAUGACAUCUACUCGAAUUUCGAGUCACUGGUCAUUCAAUUAGGAGUUAAAGAAUGUCUUGUGACAAUGGACGCGUCGCGCAAGGAUGUCGAGCUAGCUAAGAUUCGCGCUAUUGCUGAUAGCUGUGGGAUUGCGAUCUCUGAGCGGCCGGCUGCAGACUUUGGUGUAAGAGAUAUCGAGCAGGAUCUGACAAGACUGUUGAGAGAUGAGCGGUCUGCGAGCACACUGCCUCAAACGGAACUCAAGCUGGCUAUGGGAUCUGCCUCGGCGCUGAUCAAGUACCUUCAGGUUAUGACUGAUCCUACGAACUUUGGUCAGUAUCAGCUUUACCAGCAUGACUUGUCGCAGUACAUGAAGCUUGAUGCUGCUGCAUUGCGUGCGCUGAACCUUAUGCCUGGUCCGCGGGACGGUGCCAAGUCUAUGAGUUUAUACGGUCUGUUGAAUCAUUGCAAGACGCCUGUGGGCAGCCGGUUGCUGGCUCAAUGGCUGAAGCAGCCUUUGAUGGAUCUCGCGGCUAUUGAACAGCGGCAACAGCUGGUUGAAGCGUUCGUUGUCAACACUGAGCUUCGACAGACUAUGCAAGAGGAGCAUUUGCGUUCCAUUCCGGACCUUUAUCGCCUGGCAAAGCGUUUCCAGAGGAAGCAGGCGAAUCUGGAGGAUGUUGUUCGCGCAUACCAGGUUGCUAUUCGACUACCUGGUUUCGUGAGUGCUCUGGACGAUGUGAUGGAUGAGCAGUACCAAACGCCCCUGGAAGCAGAGUACACUUCAAAGCUUCGUGGCUUUUCAAACAGUCUGGCCAUGCUUGAAGAAAUGGUUGAAACGACUGUGGAUCUUGCUGCUUUAGAAAACCAUGAGUUCAUCAUCAAGCCCGAGUUCGAUGAUGGCUUGCGGGUCAUCAGAAAGAAGCUGGACAAAAUGCGCCAUGACAUGGAUGCCGAGCACCGACGGGUCUCUAAAGACCUCAAACAAGACAUGGAAAAGAAGUUGUUCAUGGAAAACCACCGCGUCCACGGCUGGUGCUUCCGUCUCACUCGUAACGAGGCGGGUUGCAUUCGCAACAAGAAAGAAUAUCAGGAGUGCUCCACACAAAAGAACGGUGUAUACUUCACCACAUCGAACAUGCAGACCCUUCGCCGCGAGCACGACCAGCUCUCUUCGAAUUACAAUCGAACUCAAACCGGUCUGGUUAAUGAAGUUGUCAAUGUUGCCGCCUCGUACUGCCCUGUGUUGGAGCAACUCGCUGGCGUGCUGGCUCACCUUGAUGUCAUUGUGAGCUUUGCACAUGCUUCUAUGCAUGCACCUUCGGGCUAUGUGCGUCCUAAGAUGCACCCCCGCGGUACCGGAAACACUGUCCUCAAGGAGGCCCGUCACCCAUGCAUGGAAAUGCAGGAUGACAUCUCCUUCAUCACGAAUGAUGUUUCCUUGAUUCGCGACGAAUCAUCUUUCCUCAUCAUCACCGGUCCCAACAUGGGUGGAAAGUCCACCUACAUUCGGCAGAUUGGAGUAAUUGCUCUCAUGGCCCAAACCGGCUGCUUUGUUCCCUGCACUGAAGCGGAACUGACUAUUUUCGACUGCAUCCUUGCCCGAGUUGGCGCCAGUGACUCGCAGCUCAAGGGUGUUUCAACAUUCAUGGCUGAGAUGCUCGAAACCUCCAACAUCCUUAAAUCAGCUACCUCAGAGUCUCUGAUCAUCAUCGACGAACUUGGUCGUGGAACCAGCACUUACGAUGGCUUCGGUCUCGCUUGGGCUAUUUCAGAGCAUAUUGUUACAGAAAUCCGAUGCUUCGGUCUCUUUGCCACACACUUCCACGAGCUCACUGCCUUACAAGACCGAUAUGAAAAGGCCGUGAAGAACCUCCACGUCGUAGCCUUCAUUGGAGACAACGACGGAGGCGAAACUGAAGCAGAAGCCGAGGAAAAAAAGAAACGCCAAGUCACCCUACUUUACCGUGUCGAGCCCGGUAUCUGUGAUCAAUCCUUUGGAAUUCACGUUGCUGAACUCGUUCGCUUCCCUAGCAAAGUCGUCAACAUGGCCCGCCAGAAGGCGGAGGAGCUCGAGGACUUUACGUCUGGGUCUACUCAAGAAGGGAAGCCGCAAGCCCUUGCACCUUCGCUGGAUAAAUAUUCCCAGCAGGAGGUCGAAGAGGGCAGUGCACUCCUUAAGGACAUGCUGCUGAAAUGGAAGGCGGCGACUGAGGGCAAGGAGAUGACGGCCGAGGAGAAGAGACAGGUCAUGCGUGAUCUGGCGCAGGCUGAUGAUCAAUUGCAGGCGAACAAGGUUUUCCAGGGUCUCAAGGCUCUGUGA